UUAAUUAUGACGAGUGCUGUGCAGCAGGUAGACAUACGAACAUUCUAUCUAGAAUUCUCUGUUGGGUGUUUUGGCGUUUGUUGCGGUUGGUGUGUUUGGAGCAGUUAGCGAUCUACGGAUAAUUUCUUCGGUUAUUGUUUUUCGGUUUUGACUCUCUUUCGGACUUCGACUCACGGCUUUGGAACUUCCUCACAUUUUGACUCUUGGUUUUUGACUCCCUUCUGUUUUUGGCGCGCGAUUUUUGACUCGGUUUUGGACUCCCGGCUUUGACCCUUUUCUGGUUUUGACUCUCGGCUUCGAAUUGGUUGACAACUGCGUCGACUGAAUAAACGCCGGUCCUUUCAUGGAAAUGGCAGCUAUCGGUGUUUUAUCAGUCUGUGUGGAAACACAGAGAGCCGUGUUCGGUGUGCCCCUGAUCAGCCUGAGGAAGAGCGGACAGAUGAGGCAGGGUCUUCCUCUAGUGCUCACGCACAUAGUGGAGUUUGUGGAGAAGCAUGGUCUGUUCAGUUCUGGCUUGUUCAGAGUCAGCGGGUCAGUGAAACGCUGCCAGGAACUGAGGAAAAGUUUCGAUCAUGGAGACUUUCCAGAGUUUGACAGUGGGGAUAUUCCUACUCUGGCCUCCUUGUUAAAACUUUUCCUCAGGGAAUUGCCUGGUGGACUGAUUCCAGAGCCAUACAUGACAAACCUGUUGAAGGUGUUCAGGGAGUCUAAACAGGAAGAACUGAAUCAGGCUGUGAGGAUGAUCCUGAACAGUCUUCCUGAGGAACAUUUUAACGUCCUCUGUUACUUGAUGUUCUUCCUGUCCCGAGUGGCUGCUGAGAGCCAGUUAAAUCUGAUGACAUCUAAAAACUUGGCAACAGUGUUUGGACCCACCAUCUUCCACAUUCCUCUCGGCCCCACCAUGUUUGAGGAACAGGGUCUGUGUAACACCUUGACAGAGCACCUGCUGAACAACCUGAAACAUCUGCUGCCAAACAUGUACCCUCAUCUAUCCACCGGCAACACAACAGAAGGGGACUGGACCAACGAAGAGUGUGUCCAACAGCUUCCUCUUCCAGAAAUCAGAUCAAAACUGCCUAAAAUUGGACUACUUGGGCGACUGAGAAAAAGAUCAAGAGAUUUUUGGAGAAAGAUUUGCUCAUGCACUGACAGCAAUGACAUAGAGAGUUGAGAGGCCUCUGCAGGAAUAGAGAUCCAGACCUAAGUGUGUAGAAGAAUAGAAGGUGUGGGUCACUGGAACACACUGGGGCCAGUGAGGGUUACCAGAAGACAUUGGGGCCAGUGAGGCUCACUGGAAAACAGUGGAGCCAGUGAGGGUCACCAGAAGAUGUUAGGGUCGGUGAGGGUCACAGGAAAACACUGGGGCCGGUGAGGGUCACCUGAGGGCACUGGGGUCGGUGAGGGUCACCUGAGGGCACUGGGGCCGGUGAGGGUCACCUGAGAACACUGGGGCCGGUGAGGGUCACCUGAGGGCACUGGGGCCGGUGAGGGUCACCUGAGAACACUGGGGCUGGUGAGGGUCACCUGAGAACACUGGGGCUGGUGAGGGUCACCUGAGGGCACUGGGGCUGGUGAGGGUCACCUGAGAACACUGGAGUUGGUGAGGGUCACCUGAGGGCACUGGGGCCGGUGAGGGUCACCUGAGGGCACUGGGGCUGGUGAGGGUCACCUGAGAACACUGGGACCGAUGAGGGUCACCUGAGGGCACUGGGGCUGGUGAGGGUCACCUGAAAACACUGGAGUUGGUGAGGGUCACCUGAGGGCACUGGGGCUGGUGAGGGUCACCUGAGAACACUGGGACCGAUGAGGGUCACCUGAGGGCACUGGGGCCGGUGAGGGUCACCUGAGAACACUGGAGUUGGUGAGGGUCACCUGAGGGCACUGGGGCUGGUGAGGGUCACCUGAGAACACUGGAGUUGGUGAGGGUCACCUGAGAAGAAACUGGGGCCAGUGAAGGUCAAUGGAAAACACUGGGGCCAGUGAGGGUCACCGAAAGAGAUUGGGGUUGGUGAAGGUCAUCAGAAGAAGCAGGGGCCAUUGUGGGUCAACAGGCAAGUGAAGGUUAUUUGAAAACAGUAGAGCCAAUGAGGGCCACCAGAAGAUGUUAGGAUCAGUGAGGGUCCAGGAAGACAUUUGGGCUAGUGAGAGUCACUGAAAGACACUGGGGCCAUUGAGGAUCAAUGGAAGACAUUGGGGUCAGUGAGGGUCAAAGGAAAACACUGGAGUUGGUGAGGGUCACCUGAAGACACUGGGGCCGGUGAAGGAUGGCCUGUUCAGUUUUUGAAGACAGAUAAUAGUCAAGAGGCUUUGAUUCAGUUGACUCAAUUAAAACUUGUUGUCUUCAA